CCGACUUAUCUACUUAUUGGUAUAGAAAUAAAUACAUAAAUAAACACUAAAUAGGGGAAACUGUGACCGAAAAAGUGUUUGGUGUAUAUUUUGAUGUUUACUUUAAUUUAAUAUAAAAUGAUUUAAAUGCAACAACAAAGAUUGAAGUGAAGCAUCAAGUAAUAAUUACUAAUAAUUAACCAAAACUCUUGUUGUUUAUCAGCUGAAAAUAUAUCUAACGUGCCAAAAUGUUUCGACCAGAACCUCUUAACUUACAGGAAACAAAUGUUGAUGCCGGUCGUCAUACGUCUAAUUCGCAGUCCAUUGAAUUUGGUCCUUGGCAUAUUUCGUAUGAUGUCAGCCGUAUACUACCCAGUAUGUGUGCCACUAAGGUGGUUUGCGAGAGAGAUGACGACCAAUUUUGUCAGUUCUGCACUUACUCUAAAGAGCUGAAGAUUCCACAUUUCCCUGAUAUGGUAUUUCCAAAAAACAGAUUAACAUUAGCACAUAAAAGCGGUGCUAGUAUAAACUUUAAUCCUCUGGAUGCUCUUAAAAGGGUGGCUAGCACAGUGGAGCCAGUUGAAGUGUCCUGUUCUGAAGUGUGGAUGCAAGCACGACCAUAUGCAGAAAAGUUGAAGAAAUCAUUUGAUUGGACUUUUUGUACAGAUUACAAAGGAUCUAUCAGUGAUAAUAUUACAGUUUGGGAAACUGAAGAGUCUAUUGAUUUUGAACUGUUAAAACAGAAAAACCAGAUACUCUUCUACCAUGAUUUGACUUUAUUUGAAGAUGAGCUGCAUGAUCAUGGUGUAUCAAAGCUCUCAGUGAAAAUUAGAGUUAUGCCAUCCUAUUGGUUUGUUUUGUUGAGAUAUUUUUUGAGAGUGGAUGAUGUCCUAGUCAGAUCAAAUGAAACUAGGAUGUUUCAUAUGCUUAACACAGAUUACAUACUAAGAGAAUAUACUUCUAAAGAAUCGAGCGCAAAGGAUUUGAAUAUGCCCACGUCCCACAUGAAGGAAGCAGAUGACGUCAUUCCAUUUUUACCUGUCAAGGAGAAAAUUACACAUAAGCUUCAUUUUAAUUGUAGUUCCUAGUUACUGAUCUCGGAAUUUGUUAACAAGCUUAGAAUAAUAAAACAGAUUGUAUCCGUUUUUGUACAUUUA